UGCAUUCUUAGACAUUUCAGCAAACUUUUACUCGUUUAACUUUAAAUAAAAUGAAGUGCUAAAAAUGGAUGUCACGUCUAUUUAAUCAAUGAUUUGUUCGCUUUACAUAUUGCUUGGUAAAGUCGUCUUGGUUGUGACCAUUUUUCUGCUCACCUAGGCAACCAAUAAAUUAAAUAUCAUAGCAACAAUAACAAGGCAGCGCAAAAUUCACAGCUGAUGCGGUCGAUGGCUUCAGUGUUUGGAAAUACUCAGCUGUUGGCAAUUUAUACACAAAAGACUGCAAACAGAUGACCCCGUGGGAGAGCGUAUAGUAUAGUGCACUAUAAUGACCCAUAUUAGCGCAUAUAAAUAGCAUGGGCUUAUCAAAAGAAACCUUUGUAGAAAAAUAAAAAUAAAAACAACAGACCGCAAUAUCGCGAAGGGAGUCGUUCAAGUGAAAACUGUGAUAUAGUCAAUACAUAUAACUAUAUAUUAAUAUUAGAGCAACUGUAAAUUAUUGGGAAAUGGCGCGCAUUAACAAACGCCUGUUGCCCAUCAAGGCGCAUUUUUUAUUUUUCAUGGCGGCUAUGGGUCCCAUUUUGCCUCAACUAUCUGUUUUAGGCAAACAGAUUGGUAUACCGCCAGAUGUCAUGGGCUACAUAACCGCUGUUCUUCCCAUAUUAUACGUAUUAGCUAAGCCGAUGAUUGGAUUUGUUGCUGACUACUUCAGUUCUAUGCGCAAAUAUAUAUUUAUGACAUUGAUUGUGAUUAUGACUUUGGCCUAUGGCGGCUUUUAUUUCCUACCAACCAAUACUCAUUUGAUACCUUUGGACAAUGGAAGUGAGCGGUGGCAGCUGAAGAUGCCAGAAGAGCAGCUGCAGCUCUGCAAAUUAGAGACCGAGAUCAUACCCAAUUCCUGCCAAACUGCUCGCCCUGCCCAGUGCGAACAGGAAAAUUAUAGUUUUCCAGCGCUUAUCGUGGCUGUGGACGCAUCGACUUCUCUCAAUCUCAGCCAGAAUUUGGUUCACGGAAACAGAAGCUAUCACAUGUGUUCCUUGCGUUCGCCACUGGCCGGGAAUUCGAGCAAUAAUUUGGCCAACUGUACGCUUUCUCAGUACGAUCAUUGUAUCUAUGGGAGCAGUUCAUUUUGGCUCUUCGUUGUAAUGCUCUUUAUCGGUACUAUUGGCUUUAAUGUGACCAAUAGCAUAUCGGAUGCUAUAUGUUUUGAUAUGCUGGGCGAGGCGGAGGAGAGUAAAUACGGAGCGCAGCGUGUGUGGGGCACCAUUGGAUUCGGAGCUACGGCACUGCUGGCAGGGAUUGUCGUCAAUCUUUGGACUGAAGAUGCUGUAAAGAGUUUUACGCCAGCCCUGAUCAUUAUGUUUCUGUUUAGUGCUCUAGAUUUAUUUAGCGUGUCCAAGUUAAAGCUACCAAAGUUGGGCAGUUCCGAGUCCAUACUCAAGGAUGUGUGGCAGUUGGUGCGACAGCCUCCAAUAGUGGUGUUCCUGAUUUUUGCCACCAUUGCCGGCAUCAUCGACUCGUUCAUAAUCUACUUUAUGUUCUGGCAUGUAGAGCAGGUGGCCGAUCAGACGGGCCAUAUGGAUCAGAUUAAGCUGAUUGAGGGACUAGUUGUGGCUGCCGAAUGCCUGGCCGGCGAGGUGCCCUUCUUUUUCUACAGCGGCAAGAUAAUUAAGAAGCUGGGCUAUGUGCAUUGCAUGAGCAUGUGCUUUUUCUUUUAUGCCGUGCGCCUAGCUCUGAUCUCUUGGAUACCAAAUCCUUGGUACUUGGUGGGAGUCGAACUAUUCUUCCAAGGCAUCACCUAUGCCCUGUGCUACACGUGCAUUGUGGCCUAUGCUUCGGCCGUGGCUCCGCCAGGAACGUCUGCCACAGUGCAGGGCCUUAUGGCAGGCAUGGACGAUGGCUUAGGCUUUUCCAUAGGCUCUCUAAUAGGUGGAAUUAUGAUUAAGCGAUUGGGUGGGCGAGCAAGCUUUAGGUAUUUCGCUAUAGCGGCUAUUUUAACAUGUAUCGCACACAUUCUGGUGCGUCCCACAUCGAGGAAGAAACAAUAUUUGCCCAGAAGUGGUUAUCAGCCGCCCACGGAGCAGGAGGCCCAGAAUCUGCCGAUAAAGGAGCAAGAGUUGCAGGAAUUGGACGCAAAGCCUUUGUAGAAAAGGAUAGUCCUCUAGAAAUGUGAAAAAUAAAGCUAAUAUGGCCAAAGAGCAAAGCCAAAAUUAAAUUUUUUAACCUAAUAAAACCUGUAAUGCGAAUCACAACAUUUACGAAAAUAUUCUGUGAAUAUUGUACAUUCUACUCGUAUAUUUGUGGGGCGUUGCUAUGGCUUGUAAUCUUUUUGUUAUUGUUUUAUAUUUUUAUAAAAAAAAGAAGAAUAAAACUUGCUUACAAGUUGAACGACA